AUGUCGGAGGCGGUUACGCAGAGUGUGGCAGAGGCAAUCCAGCAGGAGAGCAAGGAGGGCUGGGAGCCCUCAGCCAUCGACGUGGUGCUUCUCAAGUACGAUCAUUGCAAGAGCUGGCUUCGCGACGCCCUUUUGAGCGGCACGGCGCUGCAGGAAGAGCGGAAUACGCUCAAAUCGGCCGGCUUCGAGCCUGCGCUCCGCUCGGCAGCAGGGUUUUUUGACGAGGGCUGGGAUUUGAAAUGCUCCCACGUCGUCGUCACAGCAGAGCUGGAGAGCAAGGUCCACGAUGCGGUGGAUGCAGCCCACAAGGCGGCACCACGGAACGAGCGUGGAAGCAACACGGUCAACCGCAACCCGAUCGUUGUUCCAGAGCUCAAAUUUAUGUCCGACGCUUCUGUUGAGCUCUCCACGUGGGAGUUGGUAGCUUGCAGUGCCCAGUACAAGAUUGCCGCCCGAGCGCUUGAGCAGCCAGAGGAGCAAUAUGGCGAGCGCUGCAUGGAAGUCGAGGGCAGCCCUCUCGGCGCCUCCGUGCACAGCGUGCCCGCCUCCAUGGCGACGUCGAUUUCGAUGGACUGGUCCGUGCCGCCCUCGCCCGAGGACGACGUGGACUUUCUGGUGCCUUCGCUCUUCAGCCAGGCGGUCGACGAGCUGCGGUCCCCAGGGCCGCCAGAGCUGGAGGCCGCUGCCGCCCUGCGGGAGGCCGGGGCCGGGGGCAUCGACUUCGACGAGCUCGCCGCGGCAGAGGUGUCCACGGCCUCCCUGCUGGACGCGCAGAGCGUAGAUUUCUUCGAUUUGGGCACCUCCUCGGCGCGGCUGCCCCCCCGCCCGGCGUCGGCCGGUGGAUCGCUGCCGUCGCGCCAGCCGGCGGCCGCCGCGGCCUCCGCGGGCGCGAGCAGGUUCUCGGCGUCCUCUUCGCCGCUGCUUUCGGCGCAGGAGCGCCGCCCGUCGAGCGCUGCCUCGCUCGCGGCCAGCGCGGAGGGCGCCGCGCCACCAGGC